UCUCUGUCUUUGUUUUAAUUGCAUUUUAUGUGGCUGAACUUUCUGUUGUCUCUUACGAUGUUCAGUAGGAUUUUGGCCUAGCAUUUUCUACUUUUCCAGGGUGAGGCAUAUGUAUUUACUACUAAUCCAAACCCCUCUUUGAAAUGUCGUGUUGUUUCAGGGACAGUCAUGCACCCUGGUGUUGGGGACCGUGAAUUAUGAAGGGACACGUUCUCUGUGUGUGCCCCGCUUUGCCCUGCCUUGUGGGCCGGUCUUGGAAUGCAGAAAGCCUGCAUCCUCCGGGUCAGCACUGAGCUCUGGAUGGUCAGCGAGGCUGGGAAGCUUGCAGAGCAGGAUGAGGUCUGCUGAGGACAGUAGAGGGAGGCCGUGACCUUCGAGGAUGUGGCUGUGAACUUCUGCAGGGAGGAGUGGGCUUUGCUGGAUCCAUCCCAGAAGGAGCUCUACAGAGAUGUGAUGUGGGAAACCGUUAGGAACCUGGCUGCCGUCGGAAGAAACCCAGGUGAGCAGAAAGUUCAAGAUGGGUACAGAAAUUGCAGGAAAACUCUAAGACGUGAAGAGGUAGAGAGAUCAUCUGAAUAUAAAUUACGGUAUCAGCGUGAAGAAAUGGUUGCUUUGACUCCAGGUACAGAUGUGCACAGGACAGCUGGUAGAAAACCAGGUGAAGGCCUUUCGUCUGGAAGGCCCCUGGCAGGUCAUUCAGCAGCAGAUGGACCCGUCGUGGCUAACAGUGUGCUCGAACCAUAUGAGCAGCAGGGGUUUCAAGAGAAGCUCUCUUCCUGUGAUAAACAUGGCAAAGCCUGCCCAGAACUGCAGUCCUUUCAGAAACAGGCAAACACGAGUCCUGGGGAGAAACUCCAAGAAUACGCGCCAUGUGUGAAAUCCUCCUCUGAUUGCGCUGAAGAAAGUACCAUUGAAGAGAAGCCACUUGUAUAUAAGCAAGAUUUGAAAUCAUUCAUUACAUGCAAUGAUGUUCAAAUUGGGGAAAGAAGUUGUAGUGACGUGAAUACGCAUAUAUGUGUACCACAUGCAAAAGAUUUUAAUUCUCACCAUGAUUUUCAGACACAUGAAGGCACUCACACUGGAGGAAAAAUCUACACGUGUAACCACUGUGACGAAUCCUUGGCUAACAAUUCAUUUGGUAACUGUGAAGGAACUCACACAAGGGAGAAGCUCUACAUAUGUACGCAGUGUGACAAACCUUUCAGCACAACUGUUAGUUGUCAAAAGCGUGAACGGCCUCGUGCUGGGGAGAGACCCUAUGUACGUAAGAAAUAUGGGGAAGGUUUUCGCAGACAAGGUAGCCGUCAAGAACAUGAAGGAACCCACAGUGGAGAGAAACACUACGUAUGUCAGCAGUGCGGGAAAGGUUUCGCAUCACACAGAAACUGCCAAAGACACACACAGACUCACUCUGAGGAGAAGCCGUACGUAUGUCAGCAGUGCGGGAAAGGGUUCCACACCCACAGUAACUGUCAAGUACACGAAAGGACUCACACUGGGGAGAAGCCCUAUGCAUGUAAGCAGUGUGGGAAAGCCUUCAGCACACGGGGUAAUUGUCAAACACAUGAAAGAAGUCACACUGGGGAGAGACCCUAUGUAUGUCAGCAAUGUGGGAAAGCUUUCAGCAUACGUGGUGCUUGUCAAAUACAUGAAAGAAUACACACUGGGGAGAGACCCUAUGUAUGUAAGCAAUGUGGGAAAGCCUUCAGCACACACACAGAGCGUAAAAGACAUCUGUGGACUCACACUGGGAAGAAACCCUACAUAUGUAAGCAGUGUGGGAAAGCCUUCAGCACACGGGGUAAUUGUCAAAACCACGAACAGACUCACAAUGCAGAGAAACCCUUUUUAUGUAACCAAUGUGGGAAAGCUUUCAGCAGACAAUAUACUUGUCAAGAACAUGAAAGAACCCACAGUGGGCAGAAACCCUAUGUAUGUAAGCAGUGUGGGAAAGCUUUCAGCAUUAAAAGUAGUUGGCGUGUACACGAAAGGAAUCACACGGGGGGAAAGCCCUACAUGUGUAAGCAGUGUGGGAAAGGUUUCAGCACACUCAGAGAUUGUCAGGAACAUGAGCGGACUCACACUGGGGAGAAACCUUACGUAUGUACACAGUGUGGGAAAGUUUUUAGCUCAAAAAGUUAUUGUCAGGUACAUGAAAGGACUCACAGUGGGGAGAAACCCUAUGUGUGUAAGCAGUGUGGCAAGGCUUUCAGCACACACAGGAAUUGUCAACUGCAUGAAAGGACACACACCGGGGAGAGACCUUAUAUGUGUAAACAGUGUGGGAAAGCCUUCAGUAGACAAUAUACUUGUCAAGUCCAUGAAAGAACCCACACAGGGGAGAAACCCUAUGUGUGUAAACAGUGUGGGAAAGCCUUCAGCACAAAAAGUUAUUGUCUAGUACAUGAAAGGACUCACACCGGGGAGAAACCCUAUGUAUGUAAGCAGUGUGGCAAAGCUUUCACCAGACUAUAUACUUGUCACCUGCAUGAAAGAAAUCACACUGGGAAGAAACUGUAUGCAAGCGGUGCGCGAAAACUCUCAGCAGGCAAGAUACCUGACAACUACGUGAAAGAAGUCACCCUCAUGAGAAACCCUGUGUAUGUGAGCAGUGUGGGAAAGCUCCCAGUACCCACGGUCAUUGUCAUAGGCGUGAAGGAGCACACGCUGUAGAAUGCUGCCUAUGUAAGCAAUGUGGGAAUGCGUGCCGUGUACGGCAGUGUCAUCAAAUACAGGAAAGAAAUUCUGCUGGGGCAAAAGACUGAACAAUAAGCAGAAGUCUUGUACAGCACUAAGUGUCAUACACGGAAAAGAGGGAGUGAAAUACCUGGAUAUAGGAAGUGACUUACACUGACAUUACUUAGCCUGUCAGGAACCUUUCCAGUAAACCUGUGCAAAUAAUGACAAAGUAUGUGAUGCCCUUAACAUCAGAAAACAUACAAAUGUAUACGUGUUACUGCAAAUAUAGAACAUGAGAAAUCUUCA